GGUUCCGCGGUGCGCGCGCCUAGACAUCCGGGCAACGCCUCUGUUCUGUCCUCACACUUCCUCGUCUGUGACAACCGGAAGCGGAAGUGAAAAUGGGUGUCCCUGCUGCUUCUUAGCAACGAGAGGGGUCAAGUGACACAACCGGCUGACUCCUGUAGAGGAAGUCACUGUGGAGGCCAGUUCUGCAGCUGUUGUAGCCUCGGUUGCCCGGCCGGGGACCCGAGCCGAACAGUUAUCGUCAGAAUGUCGGGCAAAGACCGAAUUGAAAUCUUUCCCUCGCGAAUGGCACAGACUAUCAUGAAGGCUCGUUUAAAGGGAGCACAGACAGGUCGAAACCUCCUGAAGAAAAAAUCUGAUGCCUUAACUCUUCGAUUUCGACAGAUCCUAAAGAAGAUAAUAGAGACUAAAAUGUUGAUGGGCGAAGUGAUGAGAGAAGCUGCCUUUUCACUAGCCGAAGCCAAGUUCACAGCAGGUGACUUCAGCACUACAGUUAUCCAAAAUGUAAAUAAAGCCCAAGUGAAGAUUCGAGCGAAGAAAGAUAAUGUAGCAGGUGUUACUUUGCCAGUAUUUGAACAUUACCAUGAAGGAACUGACAGUUAUGAACUGACUGGUUUAGCCAGAGGUGGGGAACAGUUGGCUAAAUUAAAGAGGAAUUAUGCCAAAGCAGUGGAACUACUGGUGGAACUAGCUUCGCUGCAGACUUCUUUUGUUACUUUGGAUGAAGCUAUUAAGAUAACCAACAGGCGUGUAAAUGCCAUUGAACAUGUCAUCAUUCCCCGGAUUGAACGUACUCUUGCUUAUAUCAUCACAGAGCUGGAUGAGAGAGAGCGAGAAGAGUUCUAUAGGUUAAAGAAAAUACAGGAGAAGAAAAAGAUUCUAAAGGAAAAAUCUGAGAAGGAUUUGGAACAAAGGAGAGCAGCUGGAGAGGUGUUGGAGCCUGCUAAUCUUCUAGCUGAAGAGAAGGAUGAGGAUCUUCUGUUUGAAUAAUCUUUCCUGUUCUGGUUCUUUUAGAAACCCUAACACUGGCUUCAUCUUAAUUCAUAGUGUGUAGGUUUGAUUUGUCUGGCUAUUUAUUUUUUGGCCUAAGAAUUUCACUGGUUGUAAAAUUUACCUGGAUGUCUGUUUAUGGGAUUACUUUUGCAGAAUCAUAAUUUAGCAACCAUUUAUCAUGGAUGAAAGAGAUCUGUAAAACCUGCCCAGGAACUUAAAGAAUUUACUCUGAAGCGUUAUCCUACUCCAUUUACAUCUGUGUUACACGUGCUGUGCUUACCAAGCAUAUUAGGAAAUACCUCUUAGGAAGCAUUAGUGGUCCCAGGCCAAUUACUGUGGAGCAGCUUUCAUUCCUACCCUCUUGCAAACCUUGGCGCUGUUGUCUGAAAUUGCUGCAGCCAUUCUUGUGUUACCAUGGUACUUCUCAAACUUUGUGAAAACCUGCACUUUUCCUUGCAUGACAGGUCCCUGUCUUGUCUGUCAUGGGAGCAGUUCUGCCAAUUUAAAUGUGACUGUGGUAUAAACAGAGUAAAAUGAUUUAAAAAUAA